ACCUUAAAAAUUAAGAUUAUCAAACAUAUUUACAUUUUGGUAGAUGAAAGAAGAUUUGCAAUUUUAUGAAAGUUAGUGCAUUGAUGAUGGAAGAAAUAUAUAUGCCAGAAAGGGUUGACCUAUAUCAUAGCUUUUAUUAAUAAUAUACCCAUAUAUCAUAAUAAUUAAAUUAGUUUUCCAUGUUCAACCUAAGAAAAUGGCAAAACCCAGAAAUCUUUUCACCUGCUGCUCUCUGCUAAUGGCAAUCAUGUUUGGUUUUUCAUCAUCAGUUCAAUUAAAUGACCCUGUUUGGUACUUCUGGUUUUCCCUCUAUGCUUGUGCUUGUAUUGUCAAUCUACUAAACUGGAGAACCUCAGCAAAAGGGUAUAUCAAACAUGUUGCACAAGUGGCACUGUGUCUUGGAGUAUUGUUGUUUAUUAAGGUUGUGGUUGAAGGUUAUGUAAGAAAGAUAGCUGGAUUGUGGUCAUUAGAUUUGGCUGAGAGAGUUGUUAGGGAGAAAACAGGGAGUUUGUUGGCUAUAAUCUCCAUGGUUUUGCAUUUGGUAUGUUUAUCAGAACCAGUGGAUGUUAAGCAAAGAAAGAAGAGGAAAAUUGUCGGAAGAGGUGUUGUUGCAUAUGCUUUCAAGGCUUAAUUCUUGAACAGGAAUGGCAGGCUUAGUGGCAUUCAGUUAUGGGCUUCCUUUUGUGUUCUUUGUGAUUCAAAAAGGGGAAAUGAGGUUCUAAACAUCAGAUUUGGUGGAUUCUGUUUGUUUCUGGAGUUUAAUGAUAUCCAUGUUUCAGUUUGUUGUUUCUCAAGAAAAUUUGCUUAUGACUCACUUGAGGGAACUACAUAUGACAGUUUUGUUUGUUUUACUAUAUGUAUGGAUGUCAUGAUUGAGUAUUUAAGUAACUUAAUGAAGAUAAAGCACUGUAGGAAGAA